AUGACCGUGGUGCCCGGGGAGAACCUGGAUGAGACUGUGGCUCUGGCCGGGCUGUCCGCGCAGGAUGUGUACGCGCCGGAGACCCAGGACCACCAGGAGUGCUGCGAGCGCGUGGUCAUCAACAUCUCCGGGCUGCGCUUCGAGACGCAGCUCAAGACGCUCGCGCAGUUCCCCGCCACGCUGCUGGGGAACCCGCACAAGCGGAUGCGCUUCUUUGACCCGCUGCGCAACGAGUACUUCUUCGACCGGAACCGGCCGAGCUUCGACGCCAUCCUCUACUACUACCAGUCCGGGGGGCGCCUGCGCAGACCCGUCAACGUGCCCGUGGACAUCUUCAUGGAGGAGAUCAAAUUCUACGAGCUGGGUGAGGCUGCGAUCGAGAACUUCAAAGAGGACGAGGGGUUCAUUAAGGAGGAGGAGCGCGCGCUGCCGGAGAGCGAGUUCCAGCGGCAGGUCUGGCUCCUGUUCGAGUACCCGGAGAGCUCGGGGCCCGCGCGGGGCAUCGCCAUCGUCUCCGUGCUCGUCAUCCUCAUCUCCAUCGUGAUCUUCUGCCUGGAGACCUUGCCCGAGUUCCGCGAGGACGCCAGGACGUCGGACGAGCCGCUCGUCGGGAACGGAACCGCGCGCGCCAGGACGCAAGCGAACCCCUUCACGGACCCGUUCUUCAUCGUGGAGACCCUGUGCAUCAUCUGGUUCUCCUUCGAGCUGCUGGUGCGCUUCCUCGCGUGCCCGAGCAAAGCGGCGUUCUUCAAGAACAUCAUGAACACCAUCGACAUCGUGGCCAUCAUGCCGUACUUCAUCACGCUCGGGCUGGAGCUCGCGGAGCACCAGGGCAACGGGCAGCAGGCCAUGUCGCUCGCCAUCCUGCGCGUCAUCCGCCUCGUGCGCGUCUUCCGCAUCUUCAAGCUGUCCCGCCACUCCAAGGGGCUGCAGAUCCUGGGCCAGACUCUCAAAGCCAGCAUGCGCGAGCUCGGCCUGCUCAUCUUCUUCCUCUUCAUCGGAGUCAUCCUGUUCUCCAGCGCGGUGUACUUCGCGGAGACGGACGACCCGGACUCGGGCUUCAGCAGCAUCCCGGACGCCUUCUGGUGGGCCGUGGUUUCCAUGACAACCGUGGGUUACGGGGACAUGUGUCCCGUGACCAUCGGGGGGAAGAUCGUGGGCUCGCUGUGCGCCAUCGCCGGCGUGCUCACCAUCGCGCUCCCGGUGCCCGUCAUCGUGUCCAACUUCAACUACUUCUACCACCGCGAGACGGAGCACGAGGAGCAGUUCCAGUACACGCACGUGACCUGCGGACAGCAGCAGCCGCAGGUGCACUUCGGGGAGUUCAACCGGAGCGACAACAAGCCGUCUCUGUGCAAGUCGGACUUCCAGGACAGCGACCCGGACCCGGACCCGGACCCGGACGCGGACUCCAUCAAAUACACCAACUGCAGCCCGCGCAAAACCUACACCGGGAAGCUCACCGACGUGUGAGUGGGACAGUGU